UCCCAUGGAUAUUUUGGCCCCCAGGAGCGGGAGCUGGUCCGUGUGUUCGGGACCCCGGAGUUUUGGGUUCCCCGUGGAUAUUUCUGGUUUCCUGGUGUAUUUUUGGGUUCCCCGGGGAUAUUUUGGGGUCUCUCAGGAACGUGAGCUGGUUCGGGUGUUCAGGAUCCCAGGUUUUUGGGGUUUUUGGGGGUGUUCCCAUGGAUAUUUUGGGGUUCCAGGAGCGGGAGCUGGUCCGUGUGUUCGGGAUCCCGGGGUUUUGGGGUUUUUGGGGUGUUCCCAUGGAUAUUUGGGGUUCCAGGAGCGGGAGCUGGUCCGUGUGUUCGGGAUCCCGAUGUUUUGGGGUUUUUGGGGUCUCCCAGGUUAUUUUUUGGGGUUCCAGGAGCGGGAGCUGGUCCGUGUGUUCGGGAUCCCAGAGUUUUGGGUUCCCCGUGGUUAUUUUGGGUUCCCCAUGGAUAUUUGGGGUUCCAGGAGCGGGAGCUGGUCCGUGUGUUCGGGAUCCCGGGGUUUUGGGGUUUUUGGGGUGUUCCCAUGGAUAUUUGGGGUUCCAGGAGCGGGAGCUGGUCCGUGUGUUCGGGAUCCCGGAGCGGGCCCUGCUGGGCUACGCGCGGGCCCUGGAGCAGCACUACCACCCCGACGUGUCCUACCACAACAGCCUCCACGCCGCCGACGUCCUGCAGUCCACCCACGUCCUGCUGGCCACGCCCGCCCUCGACGCCGUGUUCACGGACCUGGAGGUCCUGGCCGCCCUCUUCGCCGCCGCCAUCCACGACGUCGACCACCCCGGGGUGUCCAACCAGUUCCUCAUCAACACCA